AUGGAUAACACGGAUUAUGCGGUUAGCUGGGAAGACCAAUUUAUGGACCCCAUACUCCUAAAUGAAGAUCAAAGGAUCUGUGCCAGUCCGGAACCCGUCGUCGGAACUCCGACAGAAAUUGAGCGCACAAUGUUGGACGAGAUGCUGAGCCUCGCAGCAUCUUCAGCUACAGUAGCAGGUUAUCAACCUCAGCCUGAGCAGGAGAGUACCGAUUACCUGCUGGACCCAUUGCUGGACUCUACUUCCACUAUGCCACAAAUGCCUUUGAACUUGAAUUACCAGCAGAAUAUGGGGCUCGCACCGCCACCAUAUUACGACCCUUGCUACCCAUCAAUGCAGGAUUUUUCCUGGGGUUUGCGAAACCCAAUGACGAUGAACCCAGGCUACCCGGCAUAUCCAGGGGGGCAAUACCCGUUGCCGGCCGCAUAUACACCAUACACGACGCCCUGGCAAGGGGCCGGGAUGCCAAUGCCCGCACCCUAUAGCGAAAGCAUACGUGAUAAACCGACAAUCACAGAUAACAUCAGACGGGUGAAGCGGAAGCCGAAGCGGAAGCCGUCCAAGCCAGCUAAAGAGGUUACCGAGAAGGUGGCGAAGCGAAGAGUCAGGCGCCAAGCUGUAAUAAAGGGCCAAAAGCAAGGGCAAAAGCCGGAAUCCGCCAUGGCCGUCCCACUAAGCGAGUUCCUAAAGGACGUCGACGUGGGUGACAUCGACAUCGAAGCCUACGCGAACCGCGGCACGGCGGCACGGCUGGAAGAGACGGCCCAGCGCAGAGGGAAGACAGGAAAGACCCCCAGGCCCCUGAAUCCGGCCAUGCUGUACCGAAAGGCGUACCAGCACCGCGUUCGCCGGUGGCAGGAGGACAGUCAUUACACUGAAAAUGCUAUUUCUGUGACCACGGCUAAUAGCUGGCAUUCAGAGACCGAGGAGGUGAAGGAUCGCUUCCGGCGGCUGGCCAAGAUCGAGGCGCAGGGCCACAGUGCCGCUUUCCCGGACUAUGAGUACAAACCCGAACGAUAUUAUGGCGUCAAGCGUAAAGCUGUCAAUUAUGAUGAGGGGUAG